CCGUCUCUGAGUCCGAACUCUGUCCCGCCCGGCUCGGGUUCUGUAAAGCGACCGCCGUGUCUACGAGCGUCCAGCCAGGCAACUCCGCUGCCCCGGGCACCGGCGACCGCCAAGCGCCCCGAAAGUGGCAGGCGGAGCCACGUCUGGACGAGCCCCGCCUGGGCCCAAGCGUACAGAGGAUGGAAACACUCCCCCCGCCAUGUCUCUGGGCCGUCUCCUUCGCCGGGCCUCCUCCAAAGCCUCGGACCUCCUGACCCUCACCCCGGGCGGCGGCGGUGGGCCCCCCUCCGUCCUGGAUGGGGAGAUCAUCUACUCCAAGAACAAUGUCUGUGUGCACCCACCAGAGGGGCUGCAGGGGCUGGGGGAGCACCACCCAGGAUACCUGUGCUUGUGCGUGGAGAAGGACGAGCUGCUGGGGAGCACCCUCAUCCUCACGUGGGUCCCCAACUCUCGGAUCCAGAGGCAGGACGAGGAGGCAUUGCGUUACAUCACCCCCGAGAGCUCCCCCGUGCGCAAGGCACCCCGCCCGCGGGGCCGGCGCGCCCAGAGCCUGGGGGCCCCCCGCCAGCCCUCCCCGACGGAGGCCAGGCCCGCCCUGAUCCCCAGAGACGAGGACACCACGGCGGUGGCUCAGAGCGUCCAGGACGCUGUGCACGUCAGCCCUUCCCCCCGUUCCGAGGAUGGGGAGAGGCUGGCCCAGGGCUUGGGGACGGCCCUGCCACCAGCCCACAGCGACUCCGGGAUCCUGUCGGCCGUCAGCUCGCAGGAUGGGACCGAGGAGGGGCGGGAGCCGCGGCCCGAGGCCGGCGAGGAGGAGGGCUCCCUGGAGCUGUCCGCCGAGGGCGUGAGCAGGGACAGCUCCUUCGACUCGGAUUCUGACGCCUUCUCUUCGCCCUUCUGCCUCUCGCCCAUCAGCGCCGCCCUCGUGGACAGCGGCAGCUCCGUGUUCCUGGACAGCGAGAGCGGCUCCCCCUGCGGCGCCGACACCCCCCUGCGGUUCCCCGACGGCCACGGCCUCCUGCAGACCCCGCGCUGGGACGAGCCCCAGAGGGCCUGCGCGCUGGAGCAGAUCUGCGGCGUGUUCCGCGUGGACCUGGGGCACAUGCGCUCCCUCCGUCUCUUCUUCAGCGACGAGGCCUGCACCAGCGGCCAGCUGGUCAUCGCCAGCCGGGAGAGCCAGUACAAAGUGUUCCACUUCCACCACGGCGGCCUGGACAAGCUGUGCGACGUGUUUCAGCAGUGGAAAUACUGCACCGAGACGCACCUCAAGGACCAGCAGGUCGCCGACGAAAAGACGUGCAUACAGUUCUCCAUCCGCCGCCCCAAGCUGCCCUCCUCGGAGACGCACCCCGAGGAGGGCGUGUACAAGAGGCUGGACGUGGCGGCCUGGCUGCACCACCUGAACGAGCUGGGCCAGGUGGAGGAGGAGUACAAACUGCGCAAGGCCAUUUUCUUCGGCGGCAUUGAUGUGUCAAUCCGGGGGGAGGUCUGGCCUUUCCUGCUGCGGUAUUACAGCCACGAGUCCACGUCGCAGGAGAGGGAGGCGCUGCGGGCGCAGAAGCGAAAGGAAUACGCCGAGAUCCAGCAGAAGAGGCUCUCCAUGACCCCUGAAGAGCACAGAGCGUUCUGGCGCAAUGUGCAGUUUACCGUGGACAAGGAUGUGGUCCGGACAGAUCGGAGCAACCAGUUCUUCCGGGGGGAGGACAAUCCGAACGUGGAGAGCAUGAGGAGGAUCCUGCUGAACUACGCGGUCUACAACCCCGCCAUCGGCUACUCCCAGGGCAUGUCAGACCUGGUGGCGCCCAUCCUGGCCGAGGUCCUGGAUGAAUCAGACACCUUCUGGUGCUUUGUGGGUUUGAUGCAGAACACGAUCUUCGUCAGCUCUCCUCGGGACGAGGAUAUGGAGAAACAGCUGCUCUACCUGCGGGAGCUGCUGCGACUGACCCACCUGCGCUUCUACCAACACCUGGUGUCGCUGGGCGAGGACGGCCUACAGAUGCUUUUUUGCCACCGCUGGCUGCUGCUGUGUUUCAAGCGCGAGUUCCCCGAGGCCGAGGCCCUGCGGAUCUGGGAGGCCUGCUGGGCCCACUACCAGACGGAUUACUUCCACCUUUUCAUCUGCGUGGCCAUCGUGGCCAUUUACGGGGAUGACGUCAUUGAGCAGCAGCUGGCCACCGACCAGAUGCUCCUGCACUUUGGAAACCUGGCCAUGCACAUGAACGGGGAGCUGGUUCUCAGGAAGGCCAGGAGUCUGCUGCACCAGUUCCGCCUCCUGCCCCGCAUCCCCUGCAGCCUGCACGACCUGUGUAAGACGUGCGGGACCGGCAUGUGGGACAGCGGCUACAUACCCGCCGUGGAGUGCACGGGCCACCACCCCGGCUGGGAGAGCUGCCCCUAUGGGGGCACGGUGGAGACGCCUUCGCCCAGGCCCCCCAGAGAAGGCAAGAAGGGCCCCAAGAUGCCUCGGGACGGCUUCGGUUUCCGCAGAUAGGUCGGACCGCCUGGGCGCGCAGGUCCUGGGCACGUGGGAGGGGGUGGGGAUGGGCCGGUGGAAACACGAGGAAGAAGAGACUUGUGGCCACAGGAAGGGGACCUUUUCGUGUGAAUGACAUCAGCAGAGCCUCGAAGUGACAGAAGUUAAGCCCCGCCAGCUGCCCAGAGAAGAGUCACCUCCCGAAGCAGUGGGACCAGAGCACAGGGCGGUUCCCCCUGCCGAUGCAGGCGGGCUGGGUCUCCGUCUGUCCCAGGGGCUCCCCCUGCACCAUCAGUGACAAGCGACACUGCCGGGCGAUGAGGAAGGACCAGAAGGCCUGUUCGGCCAGCAGCACAGGGAAUGCAGAACAGAAUGGGGGCCCGGCCCGGCCCGAGACAUCCCUGCACGCUGGACACACGUCGUCAUCGGGCCCCAUUUUCUGAGCAGGCCAGUCUUGCUUUGCACAGCUUCACGGCUUAUAGGAAGAUGUCUGCAAAAACGAAACACAACAAAAAACGAAAGCCCGGUGAUUUCAGAGCAGAGAGAUGUGGGAGCGGUGGAGGGUGUGAGAAGCUCAGGGCUUUGUGUCCGUGUAGAUGUUUUAUACUCCUGGUAUGCCUCGGAAACAGCCCGAGCCUCGAGCUGCCGGGAGCUGUCGGACUCGCCUCCCGUAGUGGGGGCGGCUCUACGUGAGCAUCAUUGACAUUGUCCAAGGUCCACCUCACCGAACACAGCGAGCAGCCGGGGGCCAUGUGUGCAGGCAGGAUGGACAACGUCUGAGGGGAGUGGUGGUGCGUUACGUAACCAACCGAGACAAAGGCACCCGAAAGAACUAGAACUAGAUUCCCGCGUGCCCCCGGGCCUGCCCACAGCCUGGGCCUUCCGUAAGUCAGUUUCGCAGGUGGUCGGGCACGGCAGUGGACCGCAGGAAUGUAGCCGGCACUCAGGACGCCAUCGCCCCUGCCGGGGUCUAGCGGUGGACGGGGGAGGGUAUGGCAGAGUUCCCAGCCAGCCGAAGAGCGUCCAUGCAGCCGUUGGCACGAGGAGGCCGCUUCUUGAACCGUUGGGAUCGUGGAGGCGGGAACCCUCCCGCACACCCUCGAAGGGGUCGUCAUGGAGACACAGCCCCAACUAAGUCUUCCUCCCGCUCUCAGCUCUCCUCCCUGGAGAGCAAACAAUGCUGCUGGGGCCACGUGAAAAAGAUGUGUAUCCACAGAAGAGAGGAAGUUGCCGGCCCCCUCCCUCAAAACUUCUCGGUCCCCGUGAGCCCAAGUCCUCUCACAGGCAAGGCGGCCAACACUGGCAUCUCCAAGUUCCCGGGGCUCCUGUCCCAGAGCCUUCUGGGGAGACCCUCCUGGAGCCCCCGCCCCGGCCCGCAGAUCCUGGGGUGCUGGCUGUUUCAGCCCAGCAGCAGGGUCCAGGCUGGAUAGGGGCGGACUUCUCACCUGCUCUGCCUCUGGGGAGAGGGGGGUGCCUUUCUGUGCUGGCCCCCGGUCUGCUUUGGAAAAGGCUUCAGCUAAGCAGGCGCUGUACCGAUCCUGCCGUAGACACCACAUCCACACAAACAGGAGCAUCCGUUAUCCGUCGCCAUGGCGGUGCUGCGUAACAAAUGAGCCCCAAGCCUGGCGGUCUCGCAUGCGACCUGAGGGUCAGCGGUUUAGGCUGGGCGCUUCUGGUCUUGGCUGGGUGUGCUCGGGAUGGUGACACCCAGGUGGACAGGUCACACCUGGCACUGCGCCAUGUUUCUCGAACACCGCCCCCUGCGAGCUAGCCCCGCUCGAGGCAAAAGUGCAGAAGCAGAAAUGCACGGGCGCCUUCCCCAGCCUUGGGGGAGGCCACACCUGCUGUCAUCCCGUUGCCGGAGCAAGUCACAUGGCCGGAGUCAGCACCCAGGGGUGGGGAGCCGGACCCUCCCCUUUAGCAAGAGGAGCCGCGCAGGGACGGCCAGCGGCUGGGAAUUCAGAGGGUGACAAACCAUACAGUCUGCCACCACCUCCGGGAAGUCUUGGGUCCAAGUGACCCUGUUUGGGAGCCCUCCUGUCAGGGGCAUAGCUUCCCCUGUAAAGGCAGGAGACGCCCAAGGGGAAAGAGCGUGCUUCUAGGCUCACCAUCUAGCAGGAUAGCAUCCGUGCAUUUUACUGAGAUACCUUGUGCCUUUGGGCUGCUGUGUAUGUGUGUGCGUGCGUGUGCGUGUGUGUGUGUGUGUGUGUGUGUGUGUGUGUGUGUGUGGUGGGGGGGGGGGGGUCCAGGGAAUCCCUCACUUUGGAGGGUCCUGGCUGCAAAGCAUCCGUGCUGCAUCUCCCGGCUCCCGCAGCUCCCCAAGACCCCUUCCAAGUGCCGCCCACCCUCGCCGCCCCCGCC